UAUGUGGAUAUUGUCUUAAUGGAAUGUUUAACUAUGGAGCUUAAAUGAAGUAAGUGUAUGUUCAUCAUGAACGAUUCGUUGAUUUUUGCAAACAAGACAUCAAGAAUUCUCGACGAUCCAAAAUUGCUACAAAUUGCAAAUGACAUCGCUGUGAGGAAACACUUAAUUCCAAGUCUUAUUUUAACAGUUUUAAUGAUCAUUAUUGGCAUUCCUGGAAAUAUCCUUAUCAUCGCAGUUUACAUGAAGAGAUGGCGAAAAUCUACAAGCAGAAUAUUCAUCCUUGCUUUGGCCUUCAACGAUUUAUUUAAUUGCUUAUUCACAAUGCCUGUUGAGUUGUACUAUAUCAUAAACAUUCUUCAAACUGACGAUUCAAAUCUUUGCAAAACUUCUCGUUUCCUUACUUUCUGGACGAAUGAUGGGUCUUCUUUGAUAUUAAUGGGCAUUGCCUUUGAUAGGUUACAGCGAAUUUGUAAACCUUUUGAGAUUCAACUUUCUAGAUCUACAGCAAAAAAGAUCGUCGCCGUUUCAAUGCUGGCAUCCUUGGCGGUAGCCUGGCCAUCUCUCUUGAUAUAUGGAACAGCAAAUGUACCAAUUACAGUUGGUGAAUAUAAAAUGUAUGCCAAAAUGUGUUUGUAUUCCGAUAACAUUCGUAUAGACCCAACCGUUUUUGUGUUUUUUAUAAUGGCGGGGAACUCAGUGCUUGACGUGUUUUUUCUUGUUGUUUACGGAAUAAUCUUGUAUCAUGUCAAAAAUGCUGGAAAAGAGCUCAGGAAGAUGUCUCAGCGAAUCUUUACCCAGACGGUGUAUCUCGUAAAAUGUCAAUGACAGUCGCCACUAACCAGAAUGGGUCUCAUGAUGUGACAUUGGUAGAGGAAACCUCAAAUAAAGAAUUAAAAAGUCAUCCAAAGGAGAAAUUAAAGCCCCCACUAAGAGACGGUCUUCUCCCGAAGAACCAUUGACCGCUGCCACAAAACGGAAACUUUUCACCGAGGGUCGACAAAAUCACCUCAGCUGCACGUGUUAUGGCGAAAGUCGCAAAACUAUUUUCUCGUCCCAAGAGAAUUACCGUAAAAGAAAAACAACAAUUAUGUUAUUUGCAGUUACACUUUUAUUCAUCAUAUCCUUUGUACCUUACACGGUACUGAUGA